CCGACUAGUACGAGAACGCGGCACUAAAGCAUUCAAACACUGACACUGUGACAACCAUGAGUCGCAUGGCAACAGCUCACUGACCCCAUGACCAGCGCGCACUGGGCUCACAUUAUCGCCCGCGGGCGUGCUGUUUAACCGUGUACCCGGUGCUGGUAUCUAGUCCAAAAAUAACAGUUCCAAUGGAGAGUAGCAAAAUGGUACAAGGAAGGCUCCCCCAAGCCUAUGGACAAAGGAUGCUUUUUACAGGUCCAGAUGGAAUUGGAGACUACAGGGCAAGAUUGAUCGACUUUCCCCGCUACAUUGGCGAUGGCCCUUUGUCACCUGAGGGUACAAGCGAUUUGAAUUACCUGUGCCGGCCUGCUCCCUGCACCCCACCCCCCAUGCCCAAACAGUGCUACAUUGGAGGGGUGGGAUGGGGCAUGCAAUAUCACCAGCUGUUGAACAGUAGGACGCUGCACAGCAAUAUGCAAAUUAAGAGAGCUGAAUUCUGCUCAGCCCUUGAGGACAGAGUCACCCACAGAUAUCAAAACCCAUGGCACGCACCGCCCCACUUUCUAGAUAAGCAAUCUGUUGGAGCCCGCAGCAAACUCGCAUGGACACACAACAAGUACGACUGUUACAUCCCAGAUAACAACAAACAGUUCCUUCUCAACAGAGAGAUUAACUCGUUCAGAGAAAAGCUGCAGGUGCCUCACAAAUUAGUUCCCCUGAAAUAGUUUGGGUGAAGAACGGAAGAUGAUUCAAUCAGCUGUGUUGUCCUGAAGACCUGACCAAGUGUCUGAUAAACACCACCUUGUCACCUACUGUAUACAAAAGUGAAUAAAACCAUUUUAC